CUGGAGGUUGAAGUUGAGGGGUCACGUUGGCUUACAUUAGCUGAAGUGAUGCAGGCAGAUCAGUAGAGACGUACAGCCACCUGUCUGUGGAACUCAACAGGAGCCGAAGCAGCGUUAAAACAAGCCCUCGGAGAGAAAGGGUAGAACCUGUCAUUAGGAUCCCUGGAUGCCCGCCGGUGCCCUCGCCCUGGCCGCACACGCAGACUCGAUGGCCAUCAGCUGACCCCUCCCCCCAGGAUGACGGUGAGAGAGCGGAUUCGGCAGAACAUCUCGGCCGCCUUCUACCGGCACGGCCUGCUAUGCGCCUCCUACCCGGUUCCCAUCAUUCUCUUCACCUCUGCCAGCAUCCUGACCUGCUGUUACCCUCUGCUGAAGCUGCCUCUGCCAGGAACAGGGCCUGUUGAGUUCACCACUGGAGUACGAGAUUACUCUGUUCCAUCCCACGAGUCUCAGGGCGACCUGUCGGAGCGCCCUGAUUGGUAUCGGGGUCCUCCGGUGGCCUACAUCCAGCAGGUUUUGGUCAAGGCAGCAGUUUCACCAUGGGACAACAGUCUGGUUCCUGUGGACGUGUUCCGCUCUCCCCUUGGGCGCGUCUUCAGUCUCCUGGAGGAAAUCAGAAACCAUGUUUACACAGACAGAAGUUUGGAGGCUCUGUGCUUGCAGGUAACGGACUUGUUGCCAGGGUUGCGGCGCAUGCAGGCGGUCCUUCCAGAGCACGGCUGCCUGCUGGUAUCCCCUGGCAACUAUUGGCAGAACCGGCGUGACCUGUUUGAUGCAGAUCCAGACCUCCUGAAGACAGUCCACCAACAUGAACCCAAAGGCCUUCAUACUUCAGCAACUCUGAAAGAUUUACUCUUUGGUGUCCCGGGGAAGCAGACGGGUGUAAGCCUGUACAGCAAGAAGAGAGUGGUGACAUACACCAUCACGAUUGCACUAAGCUCCUAUGAUGCAAGGUUUGUAGCCAGUCUCCGAGCCCGUCUGAAACAGCUUCAUCCUUCAGCGAACUGCACUCUGCGUGAAGACCACAUGGUACAUGUCCAUUUCAAAGAGGAGAUUGGCAUCGCUGAGCUCAUCCCUCUGGUCACCACCUACAUCAUCCUCUUUGCUUAUAUCUACUUCUCCACCCGAAAGAUUGACAUGGUGAAAUCCAAAUGGGGCUUGGCACUGGCUGCUGUGGUGACGGUCCUCAGCUCUCUGCUCAUGUCUGUGGGACUCUGCACCUUGUUUGGCCUGACGCCCACGCUGAAUGGAGGGGAAAUCUUCCCUUACCUUGUGGUGGUAAUUGGUUUGGAGAAUGUCCUUGUCCUCACCAAGUCUGUUGUGUCAACGCCUGUCGACCUUGAAGUCAAGCUGCGUAUUGCUCAAGGUCUAAGCAAUGAGAGCUGGUCCAUCAUGAAGAAUAUGGCAACUGAACUUUGCAUCAUCCUCAUUGGAUAUUUCACAUUUGUACCAGCAAUUCAGGAGUUCUGUCUGUUUGCUGUGGUCGGGCUGGUGUCUGAUUUCUUCCUGCAGAUGUUUUUCUUCACCACUGUGCUGUCUAUUGACAUCCGCCGCAUGGAGUUAGCUGAUCUGAACAGGCGUCUCCCGGCAGAAGCAGGGAUGCCUCCACCUAAACCGGGCCCUUUGCGUCCACGAGAGACACCUCCACCACCCCGCCCUUCUCCCCACACAAUCACCCUGCAGGCUCCUGCUUUCCGGAACCUCCGCUUGCCCAAGAGGCUCAGGGUGGUGUACUUUCUAGCCCGCACUCGCCUGGCACAGAGAAUCAUCAUGGUUGGCACAGUGAUCUGGAUUGGUAUCCUGGUCUACACGGACCCUGCUGGUCUGAGGACUUUCCUUGCCGCCCAGGUGUCAGAGCAGAGCCCUCUUGGGGAGGCGGGGCUUCCGCCACACUUGGGCGUGGCUCCAGUAUUUCCUGGUGGAGACCCAACCAGCACACUGAGUGUGCUUCCUGCCCCAGAACCCACUCCUCUACCUGAAAACCAAUCCCAGGGUCACCGAGCAGCCCGCCCAGGAGUUGCCCCUGUGUCCAGCCCCCAGAUCACUUGGGGCUCUGAGGAUGAGGAGCUUUGGAGGCGGCUUUCUUUCCGCCACUGGCCCUCACUCUUUAGCUAUUAUAAUAUCACUCUUGCAAAGAGGUACAUAAGCAUUCUUCCAGUCAUCCCCGUCACGCUCCAUCUCAGCCCGCAAGAGGCCAUAGACACACGCCAUCCCCAGGAUACACACCACGCUCCUCCUCCCAGCAUCAAGACCUCCGAUCUGCAGACCGAUCUCACACUCUACAAGGUGGCAGCUCUUGGACUUUUCUCUGGUGUGGUGUUAGUUCUAUUACUCUUCUGUUUGUAUCGUGUGCUCUGCCCUCGGAACUACGGGCAGAACGGGGUUCCCCAUGGUCGCCGUCGCCGUGGAGAGCUGCCCUGCGACGAAUAUGGCUACUCACCACCAAUCAGCGAAAUUUCCCCUCUGCUGCUGAGAGGCCACAGCAUGGACAUUGAGUGUCUGGCCAGUGAUGGCAUGCUGCUGGCCAGCUGUUGUCUGGCGGGACAGAUCCGUGUGUGGGACGCACAGACAGGAGACUGUCUUACUGUUAUACCCAACAAUGGUCUGCGCAGGAGCAGCAGCAGUGGUUGUUGGGAUCACCGUGAUGGCUGGGAUCACAUAAGUGCUUGUGAGGCCGAGAGCCUUUUGGGGGCAGACUUUCGGGAACCAGGAGGAGUAGCGAUGGGAGGGCCAGAUGUAGAUAUUUUCCCAAUAAGGAGGAGGACCACCCCUGCACGCCCUGCCCUGUUUGGGGACCAGCCAGACCUCACCCCUCUCAUCGACACUAACUUUGGGUCAUUGCCCCCAUCUCAGACUUUAAGCAGCUCUGGCUUUGAUUUCGGGGUAUUGGUGGAGAAAGCAUACCAGGAGCAUGAGCCCUCACCAACACUGGCCUUCCCACCUUCUCCUCCGGCUUCGCAGCAAAGGCGACAUAGCCUCGGGGACCAGCCUGUAUUACCACCAGAGCUCCCCCCGCAAGGCAAUGGUGACUGGGACAGCUCGGUGUGGGCCAUGGAGCUGAGGGGUAACCUCAUUGCCACGGGCCGCAGCAGUGGAAAACUGGAGUUGUGGGAUGCAGUAGAGGGAUCAUUACGGUGCAGUAAUGAAGAUGGAGUAUCUGGAAUCACUGCCUUGGCUUUUCUUAAUAACAGAAUUGUGGCAGCUCGUUUAAAUGGCUCACUGGAUUUCUUCACAGUGGAGAUCAACAAACCUCUGGGGUUGCUGCAAUAUCGCGGACCCCCAGGCCGAGGCAGUCUGCCCCCCUCCCCCUGUUACAGCAGUGAGGAUGUGAUCAGCUGUCAGCUGACGCGCUCAGUGCAGUGUGCCCACCAGAAGCCCAUCACUGUGCUCAAAGCUGCCGCUGGGAGAGUGGUCACCGGCAGCCAGGACCAUACUGUCAGGGUAAGGAACAUAUAUGGAAGUAUAAAUAAAUAUGCAAACAGGAAGAUCAAAGUUGGCACACCACAGCUCCAAAAGUAGAAAAAUAUUUAUAUUUCCACCACAUGUGAUGUUUCGAGCCUAAAAGAUCUUCAUCAGACAAUGAACACAUAUAUAGCUCAGCCCUUAUAUACAGCACAAACUGUUUGCAGUCAAUAGAUUUUUUUCACUUUU